UGGAAAUGGUUGUUUCAUCCUUUGCGUCAGUUGCGGGUCUUGGUUCUGCUACUCCUUACAUCUCCAAGGCUCUCAAGUCAGUAUCAAGGCACUUCAGAGGCCUAGGAAAUGCUAUCUCCGAUCAAGUUAAGCAUAUAAGAGAAGUUUUGGGAGAGGAAUUAUCGGCACCUACCGGUGGUGCUGUUACUUCUACCAGUGGCCAACUUGACAGCAAUAUGGCGCGACUCAAUGUCUUGGACCAAAGCUUUCAAAAGAACAAAUUCAUCGUGGGCGGCACAGGCUACGUGGAACACCUGCAGCACGCCUGGAGGCCCCAGCAGAAAGGCUUACCAGAGCGUGCGGUGUCAAUUCUUAGGGCUUGGUUGUUUGAUCAUUUUCUUCACCCGUACCCCACCAGGUGGGCUCUGCUGCUCCAUUUCAACUCAUUAUUAUGUUUUUGGAUCUUUUUUUGAUCAAACUGAUUAAAUUGAAGACAUAAAUUGGCAUUUGACAUGUUCGCAUUGUGGCUUCUGAGUGGGUCAUUACGCGGGACAAAUUCUACGAUGCCUUUUCUUUUCUUUUCUUUAUUAUUUGUCUUUUUGUGAGUUGGGUGUUCUAGUUGCAUACGUUGGAAAUAAUGAUUUGACAUUUUCUAAGGAUCUAUAUGUUCAAUAUUUGUGCAUGUACCUGAUUUCAUGUACUGUUGCCCUGGAAUAUAAUUUUGGUAUCAAACUGGUUCAUAAACGCCCGAGUACGUGUGUGGAAGCCAAUGGUAGAGGAAAUACACAUGCUUGAAAUGAAAGGCUUGACGAAUGAGAAAGACACCCAGAAAGCUGGUAAAAACGAGGGAGCCUGUGCCAUUGAGUCUGGAGGAAAUCAAUUGCGGUGUGUAGAUAGUCAUGUGGAAGAGGAUCAGGUGGCUGGAUUAGAUGCACAACAAUGGAACCAAGAGAAGCAAUUGAAGCUGGAAUGCCACAUUACGCCCAGCAUGGAGCCCCAUCAAUUUAUGGGUUUUGUCCCUGACACAAGGGGUGAGGUGGAGGUUGGGGUAGUUGGACCCGUCUCACUAACGCUGGCUCUCAAGCAUGGCGACGUUGAGGUAAUACAGCAACACCACUUUGGAGGGCAUGUCAUCAAUGAUUUUGUUGGUUAAUUCCCUCAAAAUCCCAAUGAUUGUCUGUUUUUCUCUUUAAAUCUUUUGGAACAGCAAUAUAUUGAAUGA